AUGAUUCCCCUACAAUUGAAGAUGAUCAAGACUUUGAUGACAUUAGAUAAUAUGAGGAUUCGAGGUAAUCUCUUUUAUAAAACAGAUCGUGGUUCCAGAGAGUUUGAGGAGUAUGCUUAUGACUUUCAUAGGAAGAAAGGUCCCACGAAUAAGGAGUCUUUGCACAAGAAGGAUGAUCCUAAAGAAAGCAAAAGGGUCGAGAGAAGUCGAACGUACUUGAAGAUGUUAAAAAUGGAAAAGAAAAAGGUGAGAACUCCCACUUUUAAUCAACUCACCGGUCCUUAUCAUGAACCGUUUUGUCUCGACAUUUACAUAUCGAAGGCAGCAGUUCGUGCCUGUAUCAUUCACCGGGCCACUAGCAAGGUUGUUGCUGUAGCUCAUUCCAUUUCUAAGGAUAUGAAGUUUGACUUAGGUUCCACAAGAGAUGCUUCUGCUUGUGCGGCUGUGGGUUCAAUUUUGGCUCAGAGAGCAUUGGAUGAUGAUAUCCAUGAUGUUGUUUACACCCCAAGGAAAGGGAACAGAAUAGAGAGGAAGCUUCAGAUAGAUCUUCAAUCUAUCAUCGAUAAUGGCAUAAAUGUGAAGGUUAAGCUUAAACAAAGAAGACCAAAGAAAACAGUGCAGAUAUCUACUACUUAA